AUGUCCUUGUUUGAAAAUGUGGAAAAUUUAAAAUUGCUCAGGAACCUUCUGAAUACCGAGGAGUCACGGGAUGAUGAAUCGGAUUUGGAGGAAGAGGGAGAUCCGUUAAUUAAACAAAAUUUAAAUCCUGGAAAUUUGGGACCCCAAGAGACAAAAUCCUCUAAAGGAGAUUCAAAAUCCUUCAAUUCCCCAUAUGCCCCUUUGAAGGCUGCAGACACCCAACCUCACACCAAACAACCCACCACCAUCGAAGAAUGGCACGAACAGCAAGAACAAGAAGAUGCCGAUUUAUUGGAUUCACGCAAAUGUCCCGAAUAUUCGAUGACCUAUCGUCAAGCUGUCGGCACGGAAGAUAUUUAUCUUGCCAUGGGUAAUCGCACCAAUGCCUCGGCAAGCUGUGAAGAUUUAAUUGUGGAAAUUUUCCUUGCCGGCGACUCAACGCCAUCCGAUAAAAUGCAGUUAUCAAUAACCGCAACUGAGGUGGACCUAUCGACGGCAAUUUAUCGCCUAAAGCUACCCUUAAGCCAUCCUGUGAAUGUGGAUCGUUGUCGUGCCAAAUAUGACCGGGAUAUGGAGAAACUUACAUUGACCCUGAGAUUACAGCGUGAAUUGGAUUUUGUAAACUUUUGAAGUGGC